AUGACAACUGAAUUCGAUGGUCGACGAAAAGAUUUGCUGAAGUUAAAUUCAAAGGCCUGGGCUGGAGAGUACAGCUUCCCUCUUGCAUCCAAGUUGGAUUCAUCGUUAAAGAAAAAUUCGGCAUUCAUCAAAAAGGCCAAAACUGGCUUAAAUCAAGAACAGUAUUCCAACGUUUUAAAAGACAUUGGAUCUGUUUCCAUUGAAAAGUACUUGUCUGAAGUUAUUGUGUCGCUCGUGGAGGGCUUGUGCAAAGUUUCAAAGAAUGAUGAAAUUAAUGCAGCAAUAGAGGUUGUGUCUGCCUUACAUCAGAGGUUUGGGAAACAAUUUACGGCCGACUUGUUUAAUCAUAUCUUGGUGCAGAUAAUGAAUCCAUCGAAUGCAGAAUCAGCUGACAAGGAGGAAGCCUCUCGAGCAUCUCGACAGAAGAAUCUAUUGCGUUUAGUGGGUGAGUUUUACAUUGUGGGGGUCCUACGAACUGCGUCCGUCUAUUUGGAUGUUCUAGAUGCAAAAAUAAUCAAAGUUUAUUCGUUGGACAAGAGAAGAAACGAGCCAAUAUUGACAUUAUUGUUGAAGUAUCUACUCAACUUUAACCUUGAACUGGGUAGAAGCUUGAACAUUGUGCAAUCUUUCUUGAAAAGAUUUGGCCACAUCAUUUUUAGUGAUAGUGACUUAUUGUCUCUGGACACAAGGCAUGUGCUAACUCAGAUUUUUUUGAUCUAUACGCAAGCUGUUUUUGGUGUCUUGUUGAAGUUGAAGAAGCAAGUUCAUAAGCUCGAUGUGCGCAACAAGAAAGCGUCAAUCAGAACAGGACGUAUUCAAGAAAGUGAGCAAUUUGAGUUGGAUGAAACGACGAAAUUAUUUGAACAGUUCAAAGCCACGGCAAGCUUUUUAUCCCAGAUUUGUAGUUUACCUUUGCCCGAGGGUUUAAAUGAUGCAGCAGAGGAUGAGGAAGAAGAAGACAAUUCAGUUGAAGUUGUGAAACAAUAUGUGCCCAAUGAUGAAGAUCUGUUUGGGAUUUGGGAAGAUUCAAAGGAGAAAAACUUUUACACCGUGAUCCCACUGCUUGGUGAAUUAUUGGAGGCUCACCCAGAAGCCCCUAGUAGUAAAUCUACCCAAGCUCAUAAAGAUGGUGAAAAGAUUCAGGAAUUCUUGGAUAGAUUGGAAGAUGUACGAGGUAACGAUUUGGAGCAGCUCGUGGUGGAGUUUAACAAUUUAAAUUUGAAUAACAAAGCUACAAAGAAUAGAAUAAUGCGUUUUUUCAUUGAAACAUCCACAUUGAAUAACUUAAGGUACUAUACGAGAUUUUUGAAAAUUAACGAACUUAAUUUGACCGACUUGAUUGGGGAAUUGAUCACGUAUUUGGACAAAGGUUUCCGAUCUCAAAUUCAUAGAAACAAACUCAACGUAAAGAACAUUUUAUUUUUCGUUGAGUUAGUCAAGUUUAAGAUGGUGCCGAUACACGUUGUGUUUCACAAAAUUCGUAGCUUGACUUUGAAUAUCACAUCAACAAACAAUAUAGAAAUAUUGACUGUUUUUUAUGAGCAUGUGGGGAGGUUCUUAUUGCAUGAUGCGGAUAGUAAAGACUUGAUGCGAGAAAUGAUUGAUUUGUUGAGAGAAAAGCUGAAGCAGUCAAAUUUGAAUGUGAAUGACAAGUUAGCCAUUAACAAUUUAUUAAUCACAGUGGAGCCACCGGUAACAAAAGUGCAGACUCUAAGAGAGGCGCCAGUAUUAUCACCUAAGCAGAUGUUUAUUCAAAAAGUAUUUCGAAGUGAACUAAGCCAAGAAACACAAUCGCUUAUUGUCAAGCUAUUUAAGUCAACGUUUGUUCAAGUUGGCCAAGCUGAAUUUCAAACCUUGGUUGGUUGCUUUUCCAAUCCACAAUUGUUAAACUACGACAAUAUCCCUUCACUUGCAAAAGUGUUGCUGGAGUUUAGCAAUAAAAAUAAAACGCUAUUGGUGAUGUCGGUGGACACCACGAUUGAGAACAUUGUCCGAGGCUUGGAAUUGAAUGACUUUAGAAUGAAUAGGACUAGAAUGGCGCAGGUGAAGUACUUAGCAGAAUUGUACAACUCCAAAGUUAUCAAUUUCAAACUUGUCAAUGAUAUGUUGUACCGUAUCCUUUGUUAUGGUCAUCCACAGAACCAACCUUUGCCACAAAAUUGGGAUGUUGAUAUUGACUUGCCAAAUAACUAUUUCCGUAUUCAAAUGUGCUGUCUAUUGCUAUUAUCAAUAAAGUCGAUAUUUGUUGAUACAGACGUUGGGAGGAAGAAGUCUCUGAAUCGUGCUGCAAGUAUCAAGCGCAGAAAUGACAUUAAUAAGGAUCUUUUGGGUGUGUUUUUAACUUUUUUCCAAUAUUACAUGUACUGUAAGGAGAUGCCCUUCCCUGUGGAUGUCCGCUUCAAAUUAGAUGAUUUGUUUAAAAAGUACAAGAAUAUCCCAACCGUGAAACGAUAUGAGUCGAUACAAGAUGCUGUUAGAAGUUUAGGUGGCGCCAUGCAGAAAAGGAGGGAAGCGGAGUCAUUAUUGGAGAAGGAAGAUGAAGCUAUUGAGGACCAGUCGGAGGUAGAGGCAAAGUCGGCCAAUAUGAGUUCAGAUGAGGAUAGUGAUGCCAAUGAUGACGAUGAUGACGAUGAUGAUGAUGAUGAUGACAAUGAAGAAAGUGAAGAUGACGACGAUGAAGAAAGUGAAGAUGGUGAGGAUGACGAUAGUGAAGAUGAGGAUGAGGAAAGUGAGUCGGAGGAAGAAACUGAAGAUAUCGGUGAAGAAGAUUCGUCGCACGUAUCUUCAUCUGAAGAUCAAAUUACCGAGGCUGAGAGAUUAAGGCUUGAAGCAGAGCGCAAAUUCCAAGAAGAUUUGGAUCGAGAGUUUCAGAAAAUCAUGAUUGAAUCUUAUGGACCAACACAGCAACAACAGAAAUUGCUGCAGCAACAGCAGUAUCAGCAACAGUAUCAGCAGCUGGGCAAACAACCCACUUUCAAACAAGCUUUGCCUCUUCCCAGUCAAAUCAACAUUCCUGAGAAUGCUUCAACUGGAGUCAAACAACAGAAUGGUACCGUGGCUUUUGGAUUGUUGACCAAGAACGGUAAAAAUCAAAAGGUUAAGCAAUUUAGUUUACCGUCAGAUAACAUAUUCGCCGAGUCGGUGGUGCGAGAACAAGAGAAUCGGAAGCGUGAUAAACAACGGAUUAUGAAACUUGCAUCUAGAAUGGAUGACUGA